AGGAGCCGCCGCGCAGCCCUUGCCCCCCUCGCCGCCCCCGACGCUUCUGGAUGAGGUGGAGCUGCUGGACCUGGACAGCUUAGCCGCCUGGCGGGACGAGGAGGAGUACACCUGGUUGUAUGUUAGCUCCUCAAAGACGUUUGCCUCAUCAGAGAAAUCCAUGAGUCCUUUGCAGUGGUGUAGACAUGUCCUGGAUAAUCCAACUCCCGAGAUGGAAGCAGCAAGACGUUCCCUGUGCUUUAGGCUGGAGCAAGCUAGCCGAUGGCAGAAUCUCUUCUCUUCAGCUGUCUCACUGGCUUUUCCUUAUAGUCCUGUUGCAAGACUCAGCCCUUAUAACAAUGGCAUUAAUACUCCCAGCUUCUCUAAAACCUCAAAUAAAGCAAUACUAACACCUGAAAGAACAGGUUACACCUCCAGAGGCUCUCCUCUCAGUCCGCAGUCCUCUAUAGACAGUGAGUUGAGUACUUCAGAACUGGAGGAUGAUUCCAUUUCCAUGGGAUAUAAGCUACAAGACCUCACUGAUGUUCAGAUCAUGGCUCGACUGCAAGAAGAAAGUCUCAGGCAAGAUUAUGCUUCUACUUCAGCAUCUGUGUCAAGACAUAGUUCCAGUGUGUCAUUGAGUUCAGGAAAAAAGGGGACAUGUAGUGAUCAAGAAUAUGAUCGAUACAGUCUGGAGGAUGAGGAAGAAUUUGAUCAUUUACCACCACCUCAACCUCGACUUCCAAGAUGCUCGCCUUUCCAAAGAGGAAUUCCCCACUCACAGACUUUCUCUAGCAUUCGGGAGUGUAGGAGGAGCCCCAGUUCUCAGUAUUAUCCUUCCAAUAACUACCAGCAGCAACAGUAUUACUCACCUCAAGCCCAAACUCCAGAUCAGCAAUCAAAUAGGUCAAAUGGAGUUCCAUCACCAGGACAGCUUCAACACAGAGUCCACAGUGUGGGACAUUUCCCAGUGUCUGUCCGACAGCCUCUUAAAGCCACAGCCUAUGUGAGUCCAACUGUUCAAGGCAGCAGCAACAUGCCUUUGUCCAAUGGCUUACAGUUGUACUCCAACACAGGAAUCCCCACACCAAACAAACCUGCAGCUUCCGGGAUCAUGGGCCGCAGUGCACUUCCAAGACCUUCAUUGGCAAUAAAUGGGAGUAACCUGCCUCGAAGCAAAAUUGCACAGCCUGUUAGAAGUUUCCUUCAGCCUCCAAAGCCUCUGUCUUCACUCAGCACUCUGAGGGAUGGAAACUGGAGAGAUGGUUGCUACUGAUGCAGUUUUUACAUACCCUUGAAGAACAGGGAGAAAGUAAAAGAUGAGGGUUGUGUUACCUAGCUGGCUAGGUAACAGUGGAUGUUGGGAUAUUCUUUCCCUUUUGCAUUUUAACAUAUUUACUGCAUUGUUUUUCAAUGGACCAAUCACCAGAGACUAAUUAUUGCACUUAAAUAUUUGCCUGAGAUACUGCAACAUUUUCAAAUCCCUGGUUGCAGUAUUGUGAUACUUAGAUCUAGAAAGUUUUUGUAGAACUGCUAUGUACCUGAAUACUUUUUGAGAAAAUUAAGAUGUAUCAAUAAUGCUUUGCCAUAUGAGUUUUUUAAAGUAACUUGUUCAAUUUACUUACGUGUUCUAAACAUCUUUUUUCCAUUACAUGUUCUGUAUUUUAAUACAUCACAUAUUUACAACUAGGUUCUAUAACUUAUGUUUUGAAAUUUAAUUUUUUUUAUAGUUUACAGGAGUUUUAUUUUUUGCACCUAUUUCUUUUUACAAACCUAUGUGAACCACUAUGGAACAACUUAAAAUUUUGUGCCAUAAAAAUAUUUUUGUGGUAAGGUACUAUUUUUUUAGCUCUAGGGAUAUAUCAGCAAAAAUACAUCAUACCAUUUGAGAGACAUAAUUUUAUGUUGAAUGAGCACAAGAUAUUCUGAAGCAUUGAAAGGAGACAGACAGCAGAGUUAAAUGGUCUCGUCUUUUUCUGUUUUUCAUUGUUAAUUUAUUGUCAUACGUGAGUUUCAUAUUUUUAAUGGCACCACAAGCUCAUUGCACUUAAAACUUGCAAUGUUUGCUGCUCUACCACAGUUGGUUUUUCAAUACUUUAUUACAAAGGAUGAAACUGUAAUGUUUUAUUAACAUUGCUUCUGGAAAUGGAUGCAUUUUAAAGCAAAUAAAUCUUUUUGAUAAACCUUUUACAAAAUCCGUUUGCACUAAUGAAUGCUUUCUUAUGGUAUAUGACUUAAUAUUUGUUACUGUGUACACUGCUGUUUUGGAAUGUUCAGAAAUAAAGACUCUAUUUCAACAAUAUCAGGUCAUGCAUGAAUGUACAAUAUGAACAGCAUAAAUACCAUAUGUAUGUUUCACUACAAUUUUGAAAAUGUUUAUUGUUGCUAUAUUCUUGUACAGAGCAUUAAUACCUAAGAAGGUAGGCUUAUAAUAUGCAUAUUUAAUAUGCAUAUUUGUGAUUACUAUUUCUGAUUUCUCGAAAACACUUCUAGUAAGAAAUUCCAAGUUUUAAUUUUACAGUGAGAUUUAGGUCCCAUUUACAAAGGCCACUAACACAUAAAUAGCAAUAGCCCUGAACACAUGCAGGGAAGAACACGCCACUUGAAAUUUUCCUAUUUAUUGGGGUCAAUUUUUUAAUUCUUGUUUCAACAUAUGUAUAUAGCAAAACAUUUGCCAAUUCAACAAUUUUAGCAUGUAUAAUUCAGUGACAUUGAUUAAGUUCAUCAUGUUGUAUAACCACCACAACU